ACGGGGCCCGCGCUCGCCCGCCUUCCUCGCGCUCUGCGGCCCCGCUUCGGCUCGCCGCCUCAGCACCCGGCCGCCAUGGCCUUCGCCGCCGGCGGGAGCGCGGGCUCGGGGCGCAGGCGGCCGCCGCGGCACCGGGCGCUGCGCGGGCUGCUGCUGCUCUGCCUGUGGCUGCCGAGCGGCGGCGCGGCGGGGCCGCCGCCCGCGCCGCUGUCCGAACUGCACGCGCAGCUCUCGGGAGUGGAGCAGCUGCUGGAGGAGUUCCGCCGGCAGCUGCAGCAGGAGCGGCCGCAGGAGGAGCUGGAGCUGGAGCUGCGCGCGGGCGGCGGUCCCCAGGAGGGCUGCCCGGGCCCGGGCGGCGGCGGCGGCGGCGGCGGCGGCUACAGCGCCAUGCCGGACGCCAUCAUCCGCACCAAGGACUCCCUCGCGGCGGGCGCCAGCUUCCUGACGGCGCCGGCGGCCGUGCGGGACUGGCGGCAGUGCGUGGCGGCCUGCUGCUCCGAGCCGCGCUGCUCGGUGGCCGUGGUGGAGCUGCCCCGGCGGCCCGCGCCCUCCGCCGCCGCGCUCGGCUGCUACCUCUUCAACUGCACCGCCCGCGGCCGCAGCGUCUGCAAGUUCGCGCUGCACCGCGGCUACAGCAGCUACAGCCUCAGCCGCGCCCCGCAGCGGGGGCAGGGAGACCUGGGAGCCUCGCCUCCGAUGGAAAAAGAUGAGCCCCCACUUAGCAAGGCUGGGAAGGACAUAGUUUUGCACCUGCCUACAGAUGGAGUGGUUUUGGAUGGCCGUGAGAGCACAGACGACCAUGCCAUUGUCCAGUAUGAGUGGACGCUGUUGCUGGGUGACCCAUCAGUGGACAUGAAGGUACCUCAGUCAGGAACCCUGAAGCUGUCCCACUUACGGGAAGGAACAUACACCUUUCAGCUCACUGUGAUGGACACUGCUGGGCAGAGAAGCUCUGACAACGUCUCAGUGACAGUGCUGCCCAUGACCGUCUCCACAGGAGGAUGCUUGAACGUUUGCUCACGCUACCACUUCUUUUGUGAUGAUGGCUGUUGCAUUGACAUCACACUGGCUUGCGACGGAGUGGAGCAGUGUCCUGAUGGGUCCGAUGAGGCUUUCUGUCAUAAUUUGGGCCUGGAGCGGGAGAUGGUGACCCACACAGCAGCUGCCCAGCCUGGAACCAUGGGACCCAUCAAAGAUGUAGCAGGGGGCUCCUUCUUGCAAACGUCCCAGAAAGUCACCGUCCAAAACCAGCCACCGGUGUUAUCAAACACAGAGAAGAGGAAUCAUUCCACUCUUUGGGGACCAGAGAGUCAGACUGACCCCGUGAUGCCAGAUAGCGGUUCCUCAGAGAAGAACAGAAAAGAAAAAAAUUAUAUUUUUGAAUCAAAGAGCGAUCGAGGAGGAGGAGAACAUCCAGCCCCAGAAACAGGUGCAGUGCUACCCUUGGCCCUGGGUUUGGCCAUCACGGCUCUGCUGCUUCUCAUGGUCGCUUGCCGUCUACGCCUGGUGAAACAGAAACUUAAAAAAGCUCGUCCCAUUACAUCUGAGGAAUCGGACUACCUCAUAAAUGGGAUGUAUCUAUGAAAGUGUCAUUCGAAUAGCUAGGGGCGAGGGUGUUUCACUUCUAAUUUAUACCUAUUGGGCUCCGGAUAUUUAGAAACCUCUUUGGUUUGAGCUGGGCUAAGAAAACCAAAACCCCAGAAAAUUCUGCAAACCCCAAACUUUUGUUUUUAUUUAUUGUAGAAUGAUUUUCUUCCGGAAGUAUGUGAGAUAUUUUGAAGUUUUGAGAGGAGUCUGAGUAAAGACUCACAAAUCGAAUUCUGACUUAAUGUAAGCAGUCCCUGAAAAUAGUAGUUCGCAGUGAGCCGCGGCGGAUCGUUCAGCGUUUGAGGGGUGGCCUGGGAAUGGCGAUGCUAACCCGUUACUUUUUAGAGGCCAGCCAUUGGCCCCUGCCAACCUGGGACCACUUUAUACACAGCUUCCUCCUCUCCCCUUCAAAGCCUGUUUCUGUGACUGGAUCUCAAGUGAUCUUCAAUGAGCUGAUACCUAGGGCAGCAAUAUCUAUACUGGAGCCCCAUGAACAUGUCAAGAAGGCGUUGGGAAAGGAGAAUGUGAGUUUAUCUCAGUGCCUCUGACAUCAUGUCAUUUAGGGAGCCGCCUCAUUAGGCCUCCCUUUGGGCAGAAAAUCCCAGCCUCUGGAAAACAAAUAGCUGUCACGUGGUCAUGAGGCGUUAGGAGACCUGGUGAAGGAGAGGGGGCAGCUCAAACAUUUCAACACCAACUCGGCUGAGGGCAAAGUGGGAGGAGCACAAUUAGGCCUUUCUUGAAUCUACUCGACACUGCUUGGUGGUCCAGAACGCAGCAGCUUUAUUUAUGUAGUCGCUGGGUUUCAACACCAGUCUGUGUGGAUGGAAAAGAAAAGUGCCUGCAAACCGGAAACAGAGCACUGGGUGGAUUCCUGGUGCAGCUUUGGUAAAAAUGCCACGUGUGUAAGUAGCAGCAGUGUCUUUCAGCCAGUGGAAAUGAGCAUUUUCUCCACUAUUUACUUAAUGCUGUAAGAUGUUGUAAUGUGCAGUCAGCUAAUGCCAGGCUUACGCACUCCCGGAGCGUAAAGCAGGCUUGCACAAAUUCAUCUUUGCAGAAAACUGGCAUCUAGCUUAGCAUCUAUCCCCUGUUCAUCAGUCUAGGAUUUUAAAGGCAAACUGUUCCCAUCAUCACUUCACGCCGGGAUUACACAUGUUCUAGAAAGCAUUCUCCUUGAGAGGAAUGUGGUGCCUGUCUAUAGUCAUGUGAUGUUGCUAUGUACAUAAUAUGGCUUCUUCUCAUCAGUGGCAAAUCUUCUAAAAUAUCUGAAUACAUUGUAGAACAUUCUGUUUUCAGACUGAAACCGAGGUAAGUUGUUCCUUUGGCAAAGGGCUUAAUUUGGGUCCGAAAUAUAACGAACCCAUUAACAAAUGGAAAGUUCUAAAAAACAAAGAAAUUGGUUACUUUUACGUCCUGAGAGGUCCAAGCAUUUUGUGGAAUAUUUAUAAUUGAGCGAAGAUUUGAGUCUCUCCUCGAGGGCAGGUUAGAGAAAGGGCAGCACAGACGACCUGAGGCCCUCUGUGGCCAUGUGUACGCCACGUCGCUGUGUGUCGCCGUGCAGCCUACCAGCCUGGACCCAUAGCUACACCCGACACGAUACAAACUGCUGAGGGAUGCAGCCUCCAGCACAUCUUUUAUACGUGAGGAAAUUAAAACAUGAUUUAGUAUUGCUUUGGUGUCAAAAGACUUGAAAAAGGAUGUCCAUAUCUACAUGUACAAUAACCCUUUAAUAAACUGUAUUUUAUUCUUAUACCUUUUUAAACAGCCAUUUAACCUAAUCAUAAGUUGCUAUCAUUUACUGAGCUGUUCCUGUAUUGUUACCUGGAUUUAACCCUAUCAACCUUAUCUUGCAAAGGGGGAAAUUAGGAAUGAGAGAAGGAGAAUCAAGGUCUACAAUUUAUGUUGUCAGAUGGACUGCGUGGGGCUUUUCAGAGUCACUUUACCUGUGAGUAUCUUAAUUGAAGGGGUUCUGCAUCUAAGACGAUUUUAAAAUAAUUUUAAAGGGAAAGUUGUCUGCAAUUUACUGCCCAAACAUGUUCUUGUGCCUCGCAUAUCUUUCCCUGAGAAAAGGCCCAUCUGAGCCACCUUCCAGAAAACUCAGAGCUUCUCUCCUCCAGUCCUCCUACAUACAAGCAGACAACAGCUAGUCUCCAUCCUUCCAGAAGCUCGAAUGUUUCCAGUCACUUGGGUAUCAGGUUGUUCUCUUCCACGGGAAAAUAACACUGUCUUCAUCUUCCUCUCCCUUACUUUUCAUAAUCCGUGAUUUGGCUCCACGAUUCACCUCCGCACUUCCCAGCCCUCCUCAGUCACUGAUGGCCGUUUCAGGUCGUCUUUAUCAUAUUUUCCCGCAGCCCAAACGUGGAGACGCUUAUUUCUAUUUGUUCUUCAGUUUUGCUGUUCAAGGCAGACCUUGCUGGUGAAUUAACUGGACUCCGGGUACAGAAACACAGGGCAGUGGGCCGUGCCCCAGGACACAGGGCCGCCCGGGUCCUCACGUGUGCUGUCUCGUCAGUCACGGUGCUCUGCAACAGCAGCAUCUGGGCCUGAGAUUGUCCCUGGGCGUCUCUUAAGUUACACUGUCCCCAGUUUGAUGUUUGGGGAUUGCACCGUUUUGUUCCUAUCAGAGUGACUCCGAUUAUUUGUUUUCUUUAAAACAAUAGUUUGGCCCAGCCGUUGGCGUUAAAACCGAAUGAGGGUUUCUAACAAAAAACCGCCCAAGCCGAAUAGAGAGGGAGAAGCUUAGUUUGCUUUUCACAAAUGUUCUCAUCUCCCUGGCUUUUUAAGCAAAUUGUGAUGCUGACUUUUUCUGGGGCGCUGGCCCCAUUUUCCCCAGCUCUUUUGUCCUGAAUUCUAUCUAGUAUCCUAAAUAAAGUGCAUAUUUUAUAGCUACUUUAAGAGCAAACAUUUUUUGGGGGGGGGGAUAAAUAUAAAACCGCCAGGGAUGAAAAUGUGGUUAGACACACCGAAGCUGGAUGUGUUCAGAAAUGGACUGAGUGCUUAGGACUGAGCCUCCUCCAUUAGCUACAUUUAGGCCUCGGUGUGUCUUCAUUCCUGCUCAUUUAUUUCCUCCCAUCACCUCCGUGUUUAGUCUUUAUGGAAGUUACCUCACUGUAAAUUGGAAAGAGAUCAACUUACAGUAUCAUUCAGCUUAAAGAUGUUUUUAUACAGUUAUUUCAAAACGUAGGAAACUUCUCAAAACACAUUUUAAAAUUACUUUAACUUUUACCAAAAAGCUUAGGGAAAAUUGUACUGAGUUUAUGGACUUUAAAAGUUCCUUUUUGUUUCCAUUCGUCAUCAUUUCAUAUGACUGAAGACCCAAGAGUCCAAAAAUAUCAAAAGUCUAUGUUCUCAUAUUUAAACAAAGCAGUUUCACAGAUGAAAACAGAAAUUUAGAAGAAUCCCUAAAUGUCUGAUCUAGAGAUGUGUGUAUAGAAGAAUGAAGGAAUCAGAACCGUGAACUAUGCAAUCUGAGAUCACGCCUUCAAUGUCAUUUGCUGUUGAAGGGGAGACAGUCUGACACUCCAUUAACACCCCCACCUGUAACGUCUGGCCUGCUUUAUCCAACUGUGUUCCCUACAAGCUAAUCACAUAAAGGAGUCAAGAUCCGAAAGAAGGGCAGGUCUUCUUCCCCAGAAAAUAUCUUUUUAUAAUUGAUUUACACUUGACACAAUCAUGUUCAUAUGGAAAUUCUGCAAGCUCUUUCAUCUGUAAUGUAAUUCCUAAGCAAAAUCCUGACAAGAUAAUCAACAAAAAGCUGAAAUAAACAGGGUUGGCAAAAGAAAUUA